ACCCGCCCAGUCCCACCGACACGACGACGACGAGACGAGAUGAGACGGGGACGGCCUGCCAAUCUGACGCUGAAACCGGACACAGCAAGGGCGUUCUACCCGGCAAUCGCAGUGGAGGACACCGACGACGACGACGCCGACGCCGACUGUGAUGUCCUGCAGCUGUCGCCGUCUUCGGGCUCGUCCGACUCGUCCCAGUCACCCGAGACAGACGACCUCUCAAAGGACCUCGCAGAUCUGGCCAAACUACGCAAGACUGUCCAGCAGAAUCUCCGUCUGCGGCCAAUCCGAUCGUUCAGCUCGCUGCCGAGCCAGACUCGACCGUAUUCGUCUGGCAAAACAACAAAAACACCAGCUGCUCGUACUCUGCGGUCGCCCAGCUCGUCCAGCGCAACGUCGAGCGUGUACUACACCCCAGUCGAGCCAGUCCAGCAGCAGCGCUGUGCUUCCCCCUCCUCUGCCUCGGACUCCGCCUCUUCAAGCAGCCAAGAACUGUCCCCACUCGCCUCCCCCUUCCGUGCUGGCUGCUGCUGCAUGGGACCCAGCCAUCCUCGCCGACCGUCUUAGCUUAUCCGCUUCAAAGCAUCCCAUUCUCGUCGAUACGCGUCCCUACGCCGUAUACCAAGCCCGUCGUAUCGCUGGCAGCGUCAACGUCGCCAUCCCCUCUCUCAUACUCAAACGUUACAGAAAACCAGGCAGCAGUGGUGGCUUCCACUCCCUCAACUCACUCCGUCAAUUCAUGACCUCGGAAGACGACAAACAACUUGUGGGACACACUCUCUGCAGCAGACCACUGGGACGGCGACAUCGUCAUCAUACAUGGCGACGAAACUGACGAAUCGGAAAAGGAUAAUUUACAGGUCACCGCAUGGGCACUCCUACCCCUCCUCUCGUCUCUUCUCGGCCCAGGCUGCGUUCACUAUCUCAGAGGCGGGAUGGCAGCAGCCCUGAAACACCCCAAACUUUUUACCCAUAUCGACCUCCAACCACCUCCCCCUGACAACCACGUUUCUGACGGACCAGUCAUCGAAAAGUGCAAAAGGAAAAGGCG